AUGUUCUCUCUCUCCGUGUCGCCCGUCUCUGUGGGCUCCAACAUCUUCUUCGCCUUCGCCCUCUGCUCCAUCUCCGCCCUAGUCUUACUGCUAUUACGCCGCUUCUUGACGAUCCGCGCCACGCCGGCCUAUUUGCUAGUUCCGAUCUUCCUUGCCCUCGCACUCCCCGCGAGUGUCGUCCUCCUCGUCCCGAUCGAUCUCGCAUCCAGCGCGCGCAAUGGCACCGGCCCCAAGGCUAUCUGGUUACCCGACCGCAUGGUCCUGGUAUGCUGGCGGAUUGCCUAUUGGCUCAUCUUCAUGCUGACCUGGGCUAUUCUUCCUCUUCUCGGCGACUAUGUCGACUCCGGAUAUCGCGAACCCAAAGCUCGCAUUCUCUACUCCCUCCGCUCCAAUGCCCGAUACCAAUUGAUUGUCCUCACCUGCGCGGUCGUCGGACUCAUCUAUAUCUCCAUCUCGAUUGGCUUUGACCCCACCUCGAUCAAGGGUACCGUCAUGGCCUUGGCCUACGUCUGGGGCCUUGUUCUCGCUAUUUAUCUGAUGGGCCAUGGCUUGGUCUCUAUACCGCGCAACCUAUUCCGCAACGCGAAUGUGAGCGGCCGCCUGAGGCGCAUCCAAGCGCAUGCUCCCAGAGUGCACGACCGGUUGAUGGACGCCGUCAACGAACUAGAAAGCCUCAACUCGCAAGUCGCUCAACUUCAGCAGCGCAAGACUGGAACUGCGCGAGACUUCCAGGAAUGGAUCGAAGACUUGUCCGAAACCUCUGGCUCCGGCUCCGGCGACGUGCGAGUCCCUAUCCUGGAGACCCCCGAGACGUCUGGCUCCGUUCCCUCUGUCAUCACGGAGCGCUACCUGGCCGAUCUGACCAGGCGCUUACAGCGCGCUCGUCAUAUGAAGGCACGGUUUGUGGAUGAAUGGGAUCGCGUGGUGACGCUGGCAGCGGACCUGCAAGCCAUCAUCAACUCGGCAGCAUCGAAGAAGCUCGAGUUCGGCGCUGGCCCCCGUCGGUCGUCCUGGCUGCCGAAAGUCAAGUUUUUGAACCCCUACCUGCGUUAUCACCUAUAUUCUAAUGUCAUCCCCGGCCUGCGCUUGGUGUUUGGCGGUAUCUUCGCGGUUGCCUCGGUGUGCAUUGUCUGGUCGGAAUUGAUCAAGUCAUUGGCGCCGCAGUACUCUGCCAUUACCUUGACAGUCAUCCCCAACUGGAAGGCUGAACAACCUCUUGGUUUCGGAAGCCAGGUCAUCGCCUCCCUCUGGUUGCUGUACAUGUGCUCUGCUGCCCUGGUCGGUGUCAGCGAUGUCAAGGUCUGGGGCAACAGGGCCUUGGUGCGCCGUAACACCUAUGGCGAGAGCGCGUGCUGGUACGCCAGUCUCGUAGCUCGUCUCACCGUCCCCAUUGCCUACAACUUCUUGACGUUCUUGCCCAAGGAUUUCCGUCGCACCACCACCUUCUACGAGUUCCUGGGUCGUCUCAUCAACCUGACACACCUCGGCAAGGGCUUUGACUACUUCUUCCCCAUCUUCAUUCUCCUACCUAUCUGCGCCACCAUGUUCAACCUCUACAGCCGGGUCAAGAACAUCUGUGGCUUCGGUCUGGCCGAGGACGAUGACCUGCACGACGUUGAAAACAACCCAGCCGGGUAUGGCAUGGGCGGUUGGCGCGAGGGCCGCGACCUCAUCGAGCGCGAGCUCAACGGGUUCGGUUCUCUGGCCGUUUCCUCGCGUGGCGGCCGCUCGACCUGGGCCUCGGACCGCAGCGACGAUGACUCGCUUGGCUCUUCACGACUGCGUGUCGCCACCGGUGAGGGCUCCCGAUCCCCGCGUCCCACCCAACGUCCGGUCACCGCGCCCACCGUUGUCGAUGGCGAGGAGGAGGCAGAGGAGAACUUCUUCCAGUCCUUCGCCCACCGCGUGCGUAACACCUUUGAGACCGCUAACAAACCGCAAUGGCUCCAGGGAGAACCCUUCCGCCUGCCUCGCUGGAUGUCCGGCGACAAUAACACCACCGAGGAAGGUGGUGUGACGCGGCUAUUCGGUGGUCGGGCCGUUCCUGGCCGAGUGCGUCUGGGUUGA